CUGAUGGGUAAAUCUCAAACCGCAGGAGGGGGGGCCAAGGCUGAAAUACAGGGGAGGUUUUAUUCAUAGGCACAGACAAAACAUAGAUGAUGCGUUGUAGGCUUUAACGUCUUUCAUGCCUAAGUGUUGCAUUUUCCACAUUAAUGCAUCGUAAAUCCGAUGCUAUACUGUACAUCAUCAAUAGGAAUAACUGGUUUACAAAACUGUAGUGAUGGAGUACAUCAGAACGCCAAAGGUUGAGAAUGUUCGUCUGCUGGACAGGGUUUCUUCCAGGAAAGCACCAGUUGGAACUUUGUACCUGACUGCCACACAUGUCAUCUUUGUAGAAAAUGUGUCUGAAACGCGCAAAGAAACCUGGAUUCUUCACAGCCAGAUAUGUUCUGUAGAAAAGCAAUCAACUUCAGCAACAGGUUGCCCUCUUCUCAUUCGCUGUAAGAACUACCAAGUUAUUCAGUUUAUCAUCCUGCAGGAAAGGGACUGCCAUGAUGUUUACAUCUCAUUAAUGCGCCUGUCACGUCCAGAGAAAUAUGAGGAGUUGUAUUGCUUCUCCUUCAACCCCAAUCUGGAUAAGGAAGACCGAGAACAGGCCUGGAAUUUUAUUGACCUCAAGGCUGAAUAUAACCGAAUGGGAGUUCCAAUUCAACUCUGGUACAUCACCCAUUUAAACCGGGACUAUGGGGUUUGUGAUACCUACCCAACUGUACUUUAUGCACCAACAUCGGCAACUCCACCAAUCAUAAUAGGGAGUUCCAAGUUCAGGAGCAGAGGACGCUUCCCUACCCUGUCCUACUACAAUCAUGAUAAUCACGCCUCAAUUUGCCGAAGCAGCCAGCCUUUGUCAGGCUUCAGUGCUCGCUGUCUGGAAGAUGAGCAGAUGCUGCAGGCUAUCAUGAAGGCAAAUCCCGGUAGUGAGUUCAUGUAUGUGGUGGACACCAGACCAAAGCUCAAUGCAAUGGCAAACAGAGCUGCAGGGAAGGGCUAUGAAAACGAAGACAACUACUCCAACAUCAAGUUUCAGUUCAUCGGUAUAGAAAACAUCCAUGUGAUGAGGAAUAGCUUGCAGAAGAUGCUGGAAGUUUGUGAGCUGAAGUCUCCUUCCAUGGGUGAUUUUCUGUGGGGUCUUGAGAAUUCAGGCUGGCUGAAGCAUAUCAAAGCAAUCCUGGAUGCUGGCAUUUUUAUUGCAAAGGCAGUGGCAGAGGAGGCUAUCAGUGUUCUUGUUCACUGUUCUGAUGGCUGGGACAGGACAGCCCAGGUGUGCUCAGUAGCAAGUCUCCUGCUCGACCCCUACUACAGAACUCUAAAGGGAUUCAUGGUCCUUAUUGAGAAAGACUGGGUAUCAUUUGGUCACAAAUUCAACCACAGGUAUCAUCAUUUGGAUGGAGACCCAAAAGAGGUCUCUCCAGUAAUCGACCAGUUUAUAGAGUGUGUUUGGCAUCUAAUGGAGCAAUUCCCUUGUGCCUUUGAGUACAAUGAGAGGUUCUUGGUUCAUGUGCACAACCACAUUUACUCCUGCCAGUAUGGAAACUUCAUAUGCAACAGCCAGAAGGAGAGGCGAGAACAGAGAACCCGUGAGAGGACGCAUUCACUGUGGCCCCACAUGUGGAAGAACAGUACAGAUUACAUGAAUCCAUUGUAUAGACCAGACCACAGUCAGACCCAAGGAGUCCUGCGGCCUGAUACUGCCCCCUACUGUUUCAAGUUUUGGAGGGGGAUGUAUAACCGCUUUGAGAAAGGACUGCACCCCAGACAGUCUGUGAUUGAUUUCCUAAUGGCUGUGAAGGAGGAGACGCAGCAGUUGGAGGAGGAUCUGGAGAUCCAUGAGGAGAAAAUAGCCAAGCUGGAAAAAUUACAAGUAAAACACAAUGAAAUUAAGGCCAAUCCAAGAGACAUAAACAAGCACCUGGGGGUGUCCACUUCUGAUAACAGCAUAGCCAACACGCCUCAAGACUACACCGGCACUGCAGGCAUCUUCCCCUCCUGCAGCCCCUCGCAGCUGGAUGAGGAGAGCUCUGUGCUCAUCCUCACCAGGGACACCCUGAAGAGCUCCGACCCUGACCUUUCCACCAACAGCGACCAGGAGUCAGGUGUGGCGGACCUGAACUGCCGCUCCCCCAGUGGGGGGGACUCCCUCCCCAGCGAGGACAGUGCCAAGGACCCAGACUCUGACGAGGCUGCCAACUCGGCUGCCUGAGCACAGACCGCUUCCCUGGGGCCUUGGUCUGAAAGAAAUUGGGACAAGCUUUCCGAAUGAGGGAACUGCAAUGCAUGUAAAAAGGAAUUAUUUAUUAUUAAUUUAUACUUGUUAGGUCUUGUUUUGGGAAGGUGUUACUUGAACAUAGAACAAAAGCUGCUGGUUGCUGAUACAGAGUUGAUCUUUUUUGUCAAUGUUUUAAAGAGUACAGUAUCCCCUUUUAGGUCUCAUUUAUCAUGGCUAUUGCUGAACACUUUUUUUAUUAUAUUGUUAAAAUCCAAAUUUAACAUUAAGAUGUUGGUUGGUAGUUUUUAAUAUGCAAUUAAACCCGCAUUGUGUACAGUAGAUAUUUAUAAA